AUGAGCCGCCAGCUACACCCCUACCCUGGCGGGGAGCGCCUCGGCUUCAGUGGUUGCUCUGCUGUCAUCUCUGGCCGGGUCAGCAGCAGCUCAGCCUCGUUCAGGGCUGGAGUCAAGAGCACAGCUGCCUUUGGCAGCAAGAGUCUCUUCAGCCUGGGGGGUGGCCGCCGCCUGGCCCUGAGCGCCUUGGCAGGGCGGGGCUCUGCCUUCGCGCUGGGCCACUGCGCAGGAACCGGCGGCCGCUUGGGGGGCUUCGUGGGCACCGUCUUUGGCAGCGCCGGCCUGGGGCCCGCCUGUCCAUCGGUGUGUCCACCAGGUGGCAUCCCUCAGGUCACUGUCAACAAGAACCUCCUGGCCCCCCUCAAUGUGGAGCUGGAUCCCAAGAUACAGAAAGUGCGUGCACAGGAGCGGGAGCAGAUCAAGGCGCUGAACAACAAGUUCGCCUCCUUUAUUGACAAGGUGCGGUUCCUGGAGCAGCAGAACCAGGUGCUGGAGACCAAGUGGAACCUGCUGCAGCAGCUGGACGUGAACAGCUGCAGGAAGAACCUGGAGCCUGUGUUCGAGGGCUACAUCAGCACCCUGCGGAAGCAGCUGGAGACACUGUCUGGGGAUAGAGUGAGGCUGGACUCGGAGCUGAGGAACAUGCAGGAUUUGGUGGAGGACUACAAGAAGAGGUAUGAGACGGAGAUUAACAGACGCACAGCUGCUGAGAAUGAGUUUGUGGUGCUCAAGAAGGAUGUAGAUGCUGCCUACAUGAACAAGGUGGAGCUCCAGGCCAAGGUGGACUCCUUGACAGAUGAGAUCAAAUUCUUCAAGUGCCUCUAUGAAGGGGAGAUCGCUCAGAUCCAGUCCCACAUUAGUGACACAUCUGUCAUCCUGUCCAUGGACAACAACCGGGACCUGGACCUGGACAGCAUCAUCGAUGAGGUCCGGGCCCAGUAUGAGGAGAUUGCCCUGAAGAGCAAGGCCGAGGCCGAGGCCCUGUACCAGAGCAAGAUCCAGGAGCUGCAGGUCACAGCGGGCCAGCAUGGGGAUGACCUCAAACUCACCAAGGCUGAAAUCUCAGAGCUCAAUCGGCUCAUCCAGAGGCUCCGCUCAGAGAUAGGGAGUGUGAAGAAGCAGUGCUCCAACCUGGAGACGGCCAUCGCUGAUGCUGAGCAGCGGGGCGACUGUGCCCUGAAGGAUGCUCGGGCCAAGCUGGACGAGCUGGAGGCCGCCUUGCACCAGGCCAAGGAUGAGCUGGCCCGGAUGUUGCGCGAGUACCAGGAGCUGAUGAGCACAAAGCUGGCCCUGGACGUGGAGAUCGCCACCUACCGCAAGCUGCUGGAGGGCGAGGAGAGCCGGAUGUCUGGUGAAUAUCCAAAUUCCGUGAGCAUCUCUGUCAUCAGCAACACCGGAGCUGGGGCAGGAGGGGCUGGCUUCAGCGUGGGCUUUGGCUCCUCAAGCAGUUACAGCUACAAACCCGGGGCGGCAGACGUCAAAACCAAAGGCACCUGUGGCAGCGAGUUCAAGGAUCCACUUACCAAAACCUCCGGCAGCAGCUGUGCAACCAAAAAGAAGGCCUCCAGAUGA